AUGUCGAAAUUCCACAUCGUCAAUUCGAACGAUCCGGUUCCCGGCGGCGAGGCCCCACCCCCAGAAUUCAGCUUGACAGCCCACCCCGCCACAGAUAUUUGGUCCAAACCCCCCUCUACGAACACCUUCAACGCUCCACUACUUUACCAGCCCGUUUCCCUUGGUUCAUUCAAACGAGCUCGAGUUGCAGUCGCUGCGCAGUGGACACAAAAAUACGACCAGGGCGGUCUUGUCAUAGUCCUGAAUAUCGCCGAUGGAUCCCAAAAGUGGGUCAAGACCGGCAUCGAACUUACCCAUGGCAGUCCGCAUAUCAGCGUGGUUGCAAAAGACCGCUGGGCCGACUGGAGCUUGCUUCCCCUGUCCUCUGGAGGGAAGUCUGCAACUCUGGAGCUGGUUCGGGAGGCAGAUAACAGCUUGUGGAUUUAUCUCGUGAAGGGAGUGCAGAAGGAUCCUAUCCGAGAGGUCACUUGGAUCUUUGAGGAGGCAAACGUGCAGGAGACUUGGGUUGGGGUUUAUGCGGCGCGGCCUUCAACGGAAGGUGGGGAGUUGACGGUCAACUUUGGACAUCUUGUUAUCGAGUCCAUUGGGGACAAGGAAUAA